CAUCUUUUUUUUUUGUUGGCAAUUCUCAAAAUUAACAUUAUUAGUCCGUUUGAUGUUUCAGCUUAUUGAAGAUCUGGAACAUGAACAAGCACACAGGAGUUCUGGGCGUGUACAACUGCCAAGGCGCGGCUUGGAAUGCCGUGGAGAAGAUAACCAUGUUCCACGAAACAAAAUCCGAGGCAGUAACGGGUCAUAUUAAAGGCCGAGACGUCCACCUCAUCUCCGAAGCAGCAGCGGAUAUAGGCCCCGAAUGGAACGGAGACUGCGCGGUUUACUCUCAGGCAAGGGGCGGGCUCGUUGUCCUCGCAGACAAUGAAACCCUGCCGGUGUCAUUGAAAGUGCUGGAGCACGAGGUCUUCACCGUGGCGCCCGUCAAGGACUUGGCCCCAGGGGUCAGAUUCGCACCCCUGGGGCUCAUCGACAUGUUCAACGCCGGGGGAGCGGUUGAGGAGCUGAAGUACGGGGCGGAGGGGGGGAAGGGGGGAGUGGCAUUGGGGGUGAAGGGGUGCGGUCGGUUCGGCGCGUACUCGUCUGCCCAGCCAAGGGGGUGCACGGUUGGGGGAAACGUGAGGGAGUUCGAAUACGAAUCGGGGCCGGGACUCGUGACUUUGAACCUGGGGGGUUUGCCUGGGGAAGGGGAGAAAGUGCACCACGUUGUUUUUGAGUUUUAAGACUUUGAUCAUCAUGAUUCUUCGCCGGACUUGAUUUGGCGUCCAUUUGAGACACGCAGAUUGUGGUCUCCCAUGUUAUUUUAUUCUUCUCAUUAAGUUGCUUCUUGUUCAAUGGGGGGUUUGUUUCCCCUUGAUUAAUGGCUGUGAUGUCUCCAAUAAUAAAAUUUCCAUGAAUCU